UGUGGAAAUGAAAAUAACUCGUCCAUUAAUUUUAAACAAUCCUACCUUAAUUAUUAGUCACCCCAGCUGCUCAACGGCGCGUAUCUCCCUAAAACCGACAAAACUAUUCAUCGCACAUACCACGCGGACUCACUACUACGUUAGCUUGCAUUUCGGUGUUUACUGCAUUCAUGUAAACAAUAUUUUUAAAAGUAUAAUAAAAAUGAAGAUCAAAAGGAUCGCAAGUGCUAAAGUGCUUUAUGGGUGUUUUAACACUUUAUUUCUUGUAUUUGGUUUUGCGAAAGUGAUAUGUGGAUUCCUGCUACUAUGCGACUCCCAGAGGAUCCUAUUAUCAAGUCUUCUGGCGAUGCCUGAUGAGGGUCUACCUGAGCCGCCGUUUUACUACGUCGCGUUAGCUUUACUAGCCAGCGGCCUCACUAUAUGCUUUAUUGCUACGUUCGGCAUCUGGGCAACAUAUAUGCCUGGAUAUAUACUGCUGACUAUUUACUUUUUGGUAGUACUAUCUCUCUUACUAUGCGAGUGCGCGUGCGGCGUUGCGGCUGCGAUUUGGCCGCGCUGCGUUGGUCUGCAGAGUGCGCGGGGCGGCGCCGUGCCCGCGCUGCAAGCCUACUACGCGCUUCCUGACUAUGAGGACUUCACUGCAGCAAUCGAUCUCGCACAGACGCAAUUGAGGUGCUGCGGGAUGACGGACGCGCGCAACUACGACAUGUCUGUGUGGCAACUGCGGCGGCUUGGCCCGCGCGGGAUGUCGGUGCCGCUAUCCUGCUGCGUGCAGCGCGCGCCCGCCUCUUACCUCAGCCCCGCGCCGCUCAACCAGUCUCGCUGUCAGGAUAUACAACCCAACCCCACCUACAGACACGCUCCGGGUUGCUUGAGUAAACUCGAAGACUGGUAUCAAGAGCAGUACAUGGUUUUCAUGCUUGGGUUAUUUGUGAUGGCCGUCUUCAAACUCGGCCUCCUGUUGACAACCGUAUUCUCUUGUAUCCGCUUACGAAAGCGCAGGAAAUACAUACGGUCUUACAUCAUGAAGUCAACAGAUAAUAAAACCAAUGAAAAUAUCUACGAGCGCAAAAUGGCGGGAAACCACGACUCACCGAUAACUACGAAAUAUAUUCAACCGAAUAAUUACUACAGUCCGAGGUUACGGAACCCGAAAAUUUUCCAAGGACGACCGAAUGAAAUAGUAUGAGAAUUAGCCGUGGAGAUAAAUGCUUUAGAAAUGAAGUUGGAAAAAUUCUCCGAUUUCUUAUAUAAACAUCAAGCAGAUUCUAUUAUGUGGUAGAAAGUAUAAUGCUAGAAAUUUUUGAAUUUUCUCAUCAAAUGGCAUUUACACGAAGUCAUCAGUACAUUUGAUACUUCUUUCUGUCAAGAAGGUUUCGUCAAAAAAAUCUUCUUUUUGCCAAAGAAUCGUAUUUCUUGUCAUUUGAAUAAUUAUAAGAUGGUCGCAUAAAACAAUACUAUGUAAUACGAUAACAUCGUUAAUUAUCUCCACGGAACUGAAAAAGAAAUAUAUUUAAAACACUAGGUGUAAAAUAAAUCGGUAAAUACUUUUUAAUUUCGGGAUGGAAGUAAUAAAAGAAGUAUGAAUACUCAAUAUGCAAUAUUAUUUUCAAAAGAACAUUCAAAAAUUGGUCCUAAAUUUAAAAGUGUUAACAAACGCUCUGGAAUGUUUUCUAUCAUUCACAAUUGGUUUACAGCUGUAACAGAGAGCUAAGAUAUUGCAGAUGUCUCGGUAUUAGGGUAUACUACUGGUAAAUUUCAUUUAAAUCUUACGCUACCCAAUUAUAAAUACAAUUAUGUACUCAUAAAUUAAUUUGUCAUAAUAAAUU